AUGACGGCCGUGGUGCCGCUGUACGUGGCGAUGAUCCUGGCUUACGGGUCGGUGCGGUGGUGGCGCAUCUUCUCCCCCGACCAGUGCUCCGGGAUCAACCGCUUCGUCGCGCUCUUCGCCGUGCCGCUGCUGUCCUUCCACUUCAUCUCCACCAACAACCCCUACACCAUGAACCUGCGCUUCAUCGCCGCCGACACGCUGCAGAAGCUCAUGGUGCUGGCCAUGCUCACCGCGUGGAGCCACCUCAGCCGCCGGGGCAGCCUGGAGUGGACCAUCACGCUCUUCUCGCUCUCCACGCUGCCCAACACGCUGGUCAUGGGCAUCCCGCUGCUCAAGGGCAUGUACGGCGACUUCUCCGGCAGCCUCAUGGUGCAGAUAGUCGUGCUCCAGUGCAUCAUCUGGUACACGCUCAUGCUCUUCAUGUUCGAGUACCGCGGCGCGCGGCUGCUCAUCACGGAGCAGUUCCCGGACAACGCGGGCGCCAUCGCCUCCAUCGUCGUCGACCCGGACGUCGUCUCCCUCGACGGCCGGAGGGACGCCAUCGAGACGGAGGCCGAGGUCAGGGAGGACGGCAAGAUACACGUCACCGUGCGCCGCUCCAACGCGUCGCGCUCCGACAUCUACUCGCGACGCUCCAUGGGAUUCUCCAGCACCACGCCGCGGCCCAGCAACCUGACCAACGCCGAGAUCUACUCGCUGCAGUCGUCGCGGAACCCGACGCCCCGGGGCUCCAGCUUCAACCACAACGACUUCUACUCCAUGGUCGGCCGCAGCUCCAACUUCGGCGCGGCCGACGCGUUCGGCAUCCGCACGGGCGCCACGCCGCGGCCGUCCAACUACGAGGACGACGCGUCCAAGCCCGCCAAGUACCCGCUCCCCGUGGUGAAUGCGGCGCCCGUUCCCGGGGCGGCGGGACACUACCCCGCGCCCAACCCGGCGGUGGCCGCGGCGCCCAAGAAGAAGGCGGCCACCAACGGGCAGGCCAAGGGCGAGGACCUCCACAUGUUCGUCUGGAGCUCCAGCGCGUCGCCCGUGUCGGACGUCUUCGGCGGCGGCGCGCCGGACUACAACGACGCCGCGGCCGUCAAGUCCCCCCGCAAAAUGGACGGUGGCGGAGCCAAGGACAGGGACGACUACGUGGAGCGCGACGAGUUCAGCUUCGGGAACAGGGGCGCGAUGGACAGGGACGCGGAGGCAGGGGACGAGAAGGCCGCGGCGGCGGCGGCGGCGGGCGGGGACCCCAGCGCGGUGGCCGCGCCGACAGCGAUGCCGCCGACGAGCGUGAUGACCCGUCUCAUCCUGAUCAUGGUGUGGCGCAAGCUCAUCCGCAACCCAAACACCUACUCCAGCCUCAUCGGCGUCAUCUGGUCGCUCGUCUGCUUCAGGUGGAACUUCCAGAUGCCGGCCAUCGUCCUGAAAUCCAUCUCCAUCCUGUCGGACGCGGGGCUCGGAAUGGCCAUGUUCAGUCUCGGGCUGUUCAUGGCGCUGCAGCCCCGGAUCAUCGCGUGCGGCAACAAGGUGGCGACGUUCGCCAUGGCGGUGCGCUUCCUGACCGGUCCGGCCGUUAUGGCGGCCGCGUCCUUCGCCGUGGGCCUCCGCGGCACGCUUCUGCACGUCGCCAUCGUCCAGGCAGCUCUGCCCCAGGGCAUUGUCCCCUUCGUCUUCGCAAAGGAGUACAACGUGCACCCUGACAUUCUCAGCACCGCAGUCAUUUUUGGCAUGCUCAUCGCCCUGCCGAUCACGCUCGUCUACUACAUCCUGCUCGGCCUGUGA